AUAAUUAACCAAAAUUUAAUAAUAUAAAUCAUAGAAUUAAAUAUGAUAAUUUAAUUUAAUUAAUAUAAUUGUACGUAAAUAUUAAUAAAAAUUUUCAAGUACAAAGUACAUUAACUAAACAAAUGUGCGGUCGAAAAGUGGUUGUGACAGGACUAGGAAUUGUUUCUCCUUUAGGAACAGGUGUAAAACAUGCUUGGAAGGCUUUAAUAAAUGGAAAAAGCGCUGUAAAAAAACUAAAUACAUCAGAAUAUAAAAAUUUACCAUGUAGAGUAGCUGCCCUUGUACCAAAAGGCAAUGGACCUGGAGAAAUAAAUCUUAAUACUAUAUUUUCAAAAAGUGAACUUAGAUCUAUGUGUGUAGCAACUGCAUAUGCUUUAGUUGCUGCUGAAGAAGCUUUAAGUGAUGCUGAAUGGAAGCCUAUCAAUGAAGAAGAUAAAAGAAAUACUGGAGUUGCUGUGGGAAUUGGAAUGAUCGAUUUAAUUGAUGUUUGUUCCACGUACGAAACUCUAAAUAAAAGUUAUAGUAAAGUCAGUCCUUAUUUUAUUCCAAGGAUUUUAACAAAUAUGGCAGCUGGUCAGAUAAGUAUUAAAUAUGGAUUUAGAGGACCUAAUCAUGCUGUUUCUACUGCCUGUGCUACUGGAGUUCAUGCUAUAGGUGAUGCUUUUCGUUUCAUCAAAGGUGGAGUAGCUAAUGUGAUGGUUUGUGGUGGUGCAGAAGCUUGUAUCAGCCCAUUAGCCAUUGCUGCUUUUUGUAGAUUAAGAGCUUUAAAUACUAUGAAAAAUGAUACUCCUGAAGAAGCUUCUAGACCUUUUGACAAAGAUCGAAAUGGUUUCGUAAUGGGUGAAGGUUCUGCUAUUUUAGUUCUUGAAGAACUUCAACAUGCAUUAAAUAGAAAUGCUAAUAUUUAUGCAGAAAUUUUAGGAUAUGGGCUAUCUGGUGACGCUACUCAUUUAACUUCUCCUAGUGAUGAUGGAGUGGGAGCUAUUUUAGCAAUGGACCGGGCUAUCAAAGAUGCUGCAAUUGAUCUUCGUGAUAUAUCUUAUAUCAAUGCUCAUGCUACCUCCACUUUACUUGGAGAUGCAAUAGAACUUAAGGCUAUAGAAACUCUUUUUGGAGUUCAUAGUGAAAAUGUUGUAGUUUCAAGCACUAAAGGAGCUCACGGCCAUCUUCUCGGAUCAGCCGGAAAUCUUGAAACUGUCUUUACUAUUCUUGCAAUUAAUAAUUCAUUAAUACCUCCUACAAUUAAUCUCAAUAAUCUUGAUUAUCUAGGUAAACUUCAAAUAAUUGCUAAUAAAGCUAAAAAAUGGUCUGUGUCUUCUAAAAAAGUUGCUUUGAAAAAUGCCUUUGGUUUUGGUGGAACAAAUGCUUCAUUAUGUUUAGCAGAGUUCGUAACAUAAUUGAUACAAAUAUUUUUUAUAACUUAUUGUAUUAUUUUUAAUGAAUAAAAAGCCAUUAUUAAUGU